CGAAAUUUCGACUCCUGCCCUGGUGAAAUUCUAGCGACAGACCUUGCCACCUUUUGCCUUUGUUGUGAAAUACUUGGGUAAUCUGUGGCCAAAAGGGCGGGACGACUGAAUAUUCUAAAGUUUCUGAAUAAUUUGACAAUAAUCACGAUAUUUACACGAGUAUUUGUACAAGUAUUACUCCGACUUCUCCGGGUUUUCUGAAACCGAGGAAGCAUGACCCAAGUUGGUAAAUACACAUCAGUUCAAAUGGAAGAAAAGGAGUCAGAUAAUGGAAAUAAUGAGCUAGAUAAGCUCCUGAACACUUAUGAUGAAGAAUUCUGGUUGAAGGUACAAGAAAAAUUCACGCCUGGUGGGAUUUCAUGGAGUCGGGCAAUGGAUGAAGUUAGAAUAGACAGAGUGAAGGCCAAGCAUGGUGAUAAAUACUUGCUUGUUAUAAUACGAGAUUGGCCAGAGAGUCCAAAGUACAAAGGUAAACAGGAUUUGGUGGCAAGUUUGGAAUCACAGAUUAGCCGUUUGACAGAAAUUAUUAUGGAACAAGACACAGAUGAAGACUUUAAGUAUUUUCGUAACGAGGAUAAUGAGGCUCGGCCUACUUUGCUUCAUUAUGCUGCUGAUCUGAACUUCUCCCAUGUUGCUACACACCUUGUGAAUAAAUACCCAUCACUUGUCUACCAUGAAACUGAAGUUGUUGGUGAAGAAAGAGGUUACCUUGCUGUGGAGAAGGCACUGAUGGCUAACCAUGACGAAACUGCUGCCUUUCUCAUUUCGCGCAUGAAAGCAGACUGGGUGCACGAACUUUUCCUGUAUAACAAGGACCUGAAAGGCCCAAAGUUUAGCUUUGGUCAGUUGAUCAGCUGUAGGAAUCCUGAAACAAACAAACAUAACAUGUCAAAGACAGUGGUUGCUGUGUUGGAUUCCUUGGUCAACCCGCACUGGCCAUAUCUGCCAGAAAGAAAAGAUGACGACAACAGCGAGGAGAUUGAGCGUGCCUGGUCCAGUGUCCCGGAUGAUCCACUGGACUAUCAUUUCUACUAUAACGUCUUGGAUUGCGAUGAUGAAGGCAGAAUACCCAAGAUUAAUGACGCGAAAAACAACGAAUUUGAUGUAAAAUCCAAGUCAUGUCUUCGUCGGUUAACAGAGAGCAAAAAUAAGGAGGCAAUUACACAUCCUGUGGUCAGAAUGCUUGUUUUGAGAAAAUGGAGUAAAUUUGGUCAUUUGUUGUUUAGUAUACAUGCGUGUUUCUACACGUUAUUCCUCGCGUUGUUAUCUUAUGCUUUGGUCUUCGGAGCGACACGAAAGGAUCCAAACAAGUACGAAGGGUCGGCUGACAAUUUUAGACUCUUUUGCGAGGUUUGCAGCAUCAUUUUUGUGAUGAUAUACAUCAUUGAAGAAAUAUGCGAGAUUGUUCGAGAAUCAAAGGCUUAUUUCAAAGAUCCGUAUAACUAUUUUGAUUGGCUUGGUCUUAUUCUUGUUCUCAUUGUCAUCCCUCUUCGAUUUGCUGACGUGAGCGCACAAUGGAGUAUUGCAAGUCUGGGAUAUUUGUUCAAUUUUCUGAGAAUUUUUAAGUUCUCAUGCAUUACCAGGACAACGGGGUUGUAUGCAAAGACAUUGGCUAAAAUCAUUUAUCGUGAUAUUACACGUUUUGUGAUUCUGUUUGCUGUCGUCUGUGUUGGUUUUUGUGGUGCCUUGUUCAUGGCGUUGACAGCCACUGGAAUGCAGGAUAUUACCAGUAAUUAUGGAACACUAAUGCUGGCUGCCGUCAGAGUCCUCACGGAACAAAAUGCAGUAGAAGAAGACUAUGGAAAGUUUAACUGGUUAACCAUUCUUAUCCUGCUUGCUUAUAUGGGUAUGGUCAUUGUGAUCUUACUAAAUGUCCUCAUAGCCCAACUGAGUUUCACAUACAGUGAAGCGAAAAGUUCUGCAAGGCUACAAUAUGCUGUUGAAAAAAUGUCAAUCGUCACUCGACUUGAGCAAAGCACAUUUGGACUUAAUCUUAGAGUGAAGUAUUACGAAGAUGGGGAACGAAAAAGCGAGACAAAACUUGCAAAUGAAUUAUUGGAAUACAGCGAGGAAAGACAUCCAUGGGAGUCCAUGGAAGACAAACUCGCAUUGGUCAGGGAAAUAAUGAAGAAAGUGAUACAAAGACGGUCAAACAAAGCUGAAUGAUAUUAUGGAAAGAAGGUUCUUAGUGAGAUACCCAUGUUGGCAGAAAAAUGAUUUUUUAAAUUCAAGGUUUCAUUUAGUCCUGACUGUAGAAUAAUCAAGUAAGUUAGAAUGGAUGUAUUUUUUUCUUCUUUACACUAUUUAGAGACCUUUAUGACCACAGUUAGUGGGAGUUGAUGGAGGAGACAAUGUUUUUGACAUGUAUUGAGCCCAAUGACCAAGCAGGAAUGUGCUUUAUUUGCAAAUAAUGUCACAGCACAGCUCUAUUACACUGUAAAUUGUAUUCUUUCAUAUCAAAUAAUCUUUUAUUUAGGGAAU